AUGGAAGAAUCCAAAAAACUAGAGAAAAAAGAUGAAUCAGAGCAACGUGUGUGGAGUUGGGGUGCUGGAACCGAGGGUCAGUUAGGAACCAAGAUUCUUCAGGAUGAGCUCUUCCCUCGACUCCUUCACCAACCCUCUCUUUCCUCCAUCUCUUCCCUUGCAUGUGGCGGCGCUCAUGUCAUAGCCCUGACAUCUGCUGGGAAGGCACUUUCGUGGGGUAGGGGCAAUUCUGGACAACUAGGCCAUGGAGAGAUUGUGAGUAACGCUUUGCUUCCCAAGGCUGUAAUGUCAUUGGAUGGCUACUUCAUAACCCAUGUCGCUGCUGGGUGGAGCCACUCAGGUUUUGUUUCAGAUACUGGGUGUGUGUUCACUUGUGGGGAUGGCACGUUUGGUCAACUGGGGCAUGGUGAUUAUGCCUCACACUGUUUGCCUGUCAAAUUGUCAUGCUUUGUUGAUCAGCGUGUUGUGCAGGUUGCAUGUGGAAUGCGCCAUUCCCUUGUCUUGUUAAAAGAUUGCACAAGAACCCAAGUUUAUGGUUUUGGCUCUGGGAAGCGUGGUCAACUGGGUGUCGGUAACAAUAAGGUCAAAUCUGUUAAUUUUCCUAGAGUUGUUAAUGGCUUUGAAGAUGAUGAGAUCGUUGGGAUUGCUGCAAAUGGAGAUCAUAGUGCUGCAGUAUCUGUCGAUGGGCAUGCUUAUACCUGGGGAAGAGGCUUCAAAGGCUUUGAAGAUGCACACCUUCCUCAUUGCUUAAACUCUUCAUUGAAUUUUAUCAAAGUUACUCUGGGAUGGAACCAUGCUUUAGCUAUGAGUGCUGAAGGGGAGGUUUAUAUGCUUGGUGGAAACCACCCUGGAGUGCUUAAUAUAAGUCCCCCAGCCAAGCAUUUACCUGAGUCAAGAGAAGUCAAUUUGGAGAGAGUCCCCGGCCUUGAUGGGAUGAAGAUUACUGAUAUUGCCACCGGAGCCGAGCAUUCUGUCAUCGUCACAGGCAAGAUGACAUGGGGUUGGGGUGAGCAUGGUCAACUUGGUUUAGGAGAUACUUGCGACCAAAUGAGUCCUGUUACAGUAAGUCUAGGCUAUGAUCUGAAUGGAGCUGAAUCAAUUAAAGUUUUCUGUGGAAGUGGGUUCACGUUUGUUGUAACCAUACCCUUGAUUCUUCUCAAACUCUAA